AUGAUUAGUCGAGUUUCAUCCACACGUACGUGGGUUGCACGUGUUUCACGGACCAUAAGAUGGAACUCAACCAAACCAUUGGGGUCCUCUACCAUCAGAGAGUAUAUGAAGUUAUAUCAGAACCAUUUCUCUAAAGAUGUCAUAACCAAUAAACAGAUUGACUCCUAUUUAGCGUUGGAGAAGAAUCCCGCUGGGCCCAUAAAGGUCGGGAUCUUAUACGACGACACACAGGCGCUAGAGAACUCCAAGAUAAUUGAGUGUUUGUUGGCUGAUCCGUUAUCAGAUAACAAUUCCAGAAUACUUGAGCAAAUCUGUCAACGAUCCAAACAUGGAGUAAUUAAUACCUUCACAUUUGAUAAUGGUGAAGUUGAACAUAAUACUAGUAACGAAAAUGAUGUUUACCGAGUUCCUUCACCGAUUUUGAGUGCUAAUUAUCGAUCACCAUAUAUGAAGAAUAACAUUGUUGAUAUUGAAUUGCUUGAGAUAAUCAAUACGCUCCAAAUUCCUCAAUGUGACUUCUAUAUUAAUGUUACUAGUGAUUUACCUCGAACGCUAACCGACUACUCCAAGAAAUCUCAGCUUCAAAGCUUAAUUACCAUUGUGGAUAACGAAGAGUUCACUCCCACUUCCAAUCCAGAGACCCCCUUCAGUUUAACCAAUGAGGAUCCUAUAAUCAAAGUCAACACCAAAUUGAGUCUUGAUGGGAUAAACUUAUUUUCUGAGAUGCAAGCGAAAGCAGCACUAGAGUUUCUUAAUGCCAUGCAAUCAAGUAAUAUCUAUGAAUUAUUCAAGGUCAUUGGCCAUUUCCUGAGACCGGAACAUUUACUUUUAUUCUUACGUAAAUCCAUUGAGAAUAACAUUGCUUAUUAUAAUGUGCUGCAACUGGAAAUCGAUCAUAUUUAUUCCGAGAUUAAAUCUGUUGAUAUCACCAGCUUUAGUGGAUCGAUGCAUUCAGAAUUACAGGCUGAAUUUAUUCCAAACACAACCAAAUUCUUUAGAACAAGCUUAUCAUGGUGGAAGUUAUAUUUAAAAAACGACAACGUUGAGUACUGCUUGAAAGAUUACUUUGCCCAAUCAUUUAUGCCCAAAAGUAUUGAAAACUAUAACUUUUUGAGAGGUCAAAUCGUUUCCAAAUUGGAAACUCAAAAAUAUGGUGAUUAUAAUGACUUACAUCCCAGUAUCCAUAAUCCUUUAAUGGUGAUGAAAAAUCAAUUGGUUAACCAGAGAAUCGAAUCUGAAAUCCAACCUGUGGUGUUUAAAACCCUUCUACGGGGACUCACUUAUUACCAGCUCCCUAUCUCCGUCAUUGCCUUUUUGGGGUACCAGUACUUUGGUAUCUCCGGAAAUGCUUCCUUAGCAUUAGGACUCUUGGGCUGGACACUUGGAUUCAACCAAGUAGCGUCAACGUGGGAAAAGUUUAGCUCCAAAUGGCUCCAGAACCUCUAUGAAGAUAUAAGAAUGUGUUUAGGCAAAGAGUGUAUUGAGAAUGGCUUGUACAAAGAACUAGCAACCAAAUACAACCAAGAGAUUGAGUUGUACAAUCUUAAACAAGAGAUAUUAAAGGGGAUACAUGUACAUAAAUAA